UCCAUACUUCUUCAUUUUCCUUAUACUUCACCUUUGAGUUUUCUUUUCCUCCAUUCAUCUUAUUCUCCAUUAAUUUUCUUUUCUCUUUUAAUCUUUUGCUCAUCAUUUUGUGAUUUCUACUCAUCUUCAACUCUGAAAAACUCAUCUUCUUAUUAAAAGGCAAAAUGAGCAGCGACCCUAAUGAUUGGGCUAGCAACUAUUUCUUGAAUAAUUUGUCGAGUAGCCACGACGACAAUAACGACGAAGACAACAGUAACCGAGUUCAAGGGAGUAGUGAAAAUACUUCAAGUGAUUCCGUGCAAAAUAUGGAAGAGGAUGAUGGAGACGAUCCUCGUCCGGAUCUUCCAUGGCUACCAAUAAUAAACAAAUUUAAUCCCAUAUCCGAAAACACCAUUGCAUCCAAAAUAAGGGCUACCUUCAAUUAUAGGCAAGAUGUCGAAGGUAGUAGUUGGAAGGGUGUGACAAAACACACCAAAGAUUUUUAUUUUAAUGAAUUUAAGAAACAAUACAAAUGGGACCCUCGCCUCAAAAAUUUCGUUCGAAGGUCGUGGGAGGAAAAAGCCGCAAAGCGCUAUGCGGAUAUGCUUUUCAAAUGGCGUAGGACGUUGAAAAGCAAGCCUGAAUUUAAACCUCCUUCCAUCGAUAAUGAGACCUGGGCGCGAUGGAAGGCGGAUUGGGAACGCCCAGAUAAUAAAGCCGUUUCGGCUAGGAAUUCCUCCAGUAGACGUGGAGGAAGAGACAAAGCUGAAGCCACCCAUAUAGGUGGCUCAAUCCCGCACGCCAGAACAAUGCGGGAUUUGGAACAAUCAAAAGGUCAAAGACCCACGGCCUAUGAAAUAUUUACACGAACGCAUGGGGUCUUUGACAAUGAAACAAGAGAUUGUUCCCAAUGGACGAAUAGCAAGUCACAAAAAGUUAACGAUGAAUAUCGUUCUUUGAUGGAGGAGCAUCCAACUCGCGACCCAAGUCAAAUUUGGUUGGAUGCUAUAAAAAACGUAGAAAGUGGUUCAAACAAAAAAAACAAAAAAACCAAAGAGGUAUUUGGGGUUGGUUCCGCCUCUCAAAUUAUUUAUCCUCCUGAGCCAACGGAUAUUCCGGCUUCUCAGCCUGCACAACCUGAUUAUGAUGCCAUUAUACAACAAAGGUUUGCGGAUUUAGAAGCCCGGCAAAUGGAGUUAUAUAAUCAAUUAUUGGAAUCGAUACGAAGAGGAAAUGCUCAGACAGCCUAUGACUAUCAUCAAAGGAUGACUGAACAAAUAACAAGAGAACGAGAACAAUUUAUGAAAUUCCUUGAAUCGCAUUUCAAUUUGAAUCAACCCCCUCCUCCACCUCCUCAAUGAAUGAUUAAAAUAUUUGUAAUUUUUGUGACUUUGUAAUAAACUUCAAUUUUAUAUAUAAUA